AAAAGCGUAGGCACGAUAAUUCGGAAGAUAAGGAUCAGCAAAGCGCCGCAGAAAUAAAAAAACAAAAAAAAGCACGGUUUGAUGAGGACAAAAUUUGGAUGGAUAAGCACAUGAAAAAACAUCGUGCUGUUUCAAACUAUUCGUGGGAGGAAUCAUUAGAAAGUAAAGACAAGGAAGAGAAUUACUCUUAUUUGAUUCAAUUGGCGGAUCUCUACUUCCUUAAACCAAAAAACCGUGAUCAAUCUGCUCAAGAAAAACCUGGCCAUCCUCGUACGUCAGAUCCUUACGCGCGAACUCAUCAUCGUUCAGAUGUGCGACAAAGUAGUUCGAAGGCACCUAAAAAUCCGUUGAUUUUGGUUCCACCAUCUCCUUCGGCAUUCGUUACCAUGUACAAUGUCAAACAAUUAUUACAAGAUGCAAGGUUUGAAGAACAAGCAAGUCUUCGUAAUAAUCAUAAAAGGGAACGUUUUAUUAAAAUCUGUCGAAACGGAAAGACUUUUGAAUUUACUGAUUCAGUUGAAAAUUUCCAGGAAUCAGAUUG